GCAAUGGGGUGGUUUAGAGCUGGUUCUAGUGUAGCGAAGCUUGCCAUGAGGAGGACUUUGUCACAGGGUGGUAGAACUUAUGCAGCAAGAGCACUAGUCAUUCCAUCUGAAAAUCGGUAUCUUCAUACGAGUGUUUUUAGAUCGAAGGCACAAUCUGCACCUGUCCCUCGACCUGUUCCACUCUCUAGGUUAACCGAUAGUUUCUUGGAUGGGACAAGCAGUGUGUACCUAGAGGAGCUUCAGAGGGCUUGGGAGCAAGACCCAACUAGUGUAGACGAAUCCUGGGACAAUUUCUUUAGGAACUUUGUUGGCCAGGCGGUUACAUCACCUGGAAUUUCUGGCCAAACUAUUCAAGAGAGUAUGCGGUUGCUUUUGCUUGUGAGAGCUUACCAGGUCAAUGGUCACAUGAAAGCCAACUUGGACCCAUUGGCUUUGGAACCGAGGGAAAUUCCUGAGGAUUUAGACCCAGCUCUUUAUGGCUUCACAGAAGCAGAUCUUGAUCGAGAAUUUUACCUUGGUGUUUGGCAGAUGUCUGGGUUUUUAUCAGAGAACCGUCCUGUGCAAACCCUUAGGUCAGUGUUAACAAGGCUCGAACAGGCUUACUGCAGACGUAUUGGGUAUGAGUACAUGCACAUUCCUGAUCGGGACAAAUGUAAUUGGUUGCGGGACAGGAUUGAGACUCCAACAGCAAUGCAAUACAACCGGCAGCGGUGUGAAGUUAUGCUGGACAGGCUCAUCUGGAGCACUCAAUUUGAGAACUUUUUGGCCACUAAGUGGGCUGCAGCCAAGCGGUUUGGGCUUGAAGGUGCCGAGACAUUGAUUCCUGGCAUGAAGGAGAUGUUUGAUAGGGCUGCUGAUCUUGGGGUUGAGAGCAUAGUUAUUGGAAUGUCACACAGAGGGAGAUUGAAUGUUCUGAGUAAUGUUGUUCGGAAGCCACUGCAUCAAAUCUUUAGUGAGUUUAGCGGUGGUACAAAGCCGGUGGAGGAGGUUGGGCUUUACACAGGAACAGGCGAUGUCAAGUAUCACUUGGGAACUUCUUAUGAUCGUCCAACUAGGGGUGGCAAGAGAAUUCACUUGUCUUUGGUUGCAAAUCCAAGCCACUUGGAAGCUGUGGAUCCGGUUGUGGUUGGCAAAACUAGAGCGAAACAGUAUUACUCUGGUGAUCUGGAUAGAACAAAGAAUAUGGGUGUUCUGCUUCAUGGGGAUGGUAGCUUUGCAGGACAAGGUGUAGUCUAUGAGACCCUGCAUCUUAGUGGUCUUCCAAAUUACACUACUGGUGGGACUAUACACAUUGUGGUGAAUAAUCAAGUUGCCUUCACUACUGAUCCAAAAUCGGGAAGAUCUUCACAGUAUUGUACUGAUGCCGCUAAAGCCUUAAAUGCUCCCAUUUUUCAUGUCAAUGGUGAUGAUAUUGAGGCAGUGGUUCAUGUAUGUGAACUUGCAGCAGAGUGGCGUCAGACAUUCCACUCAGAUGUUGUGGUUGACAUAGUUUGUUAUCGUCGAUUUGGGCACAAUGAAAUCGAUGAGCCAUCUUUUACCCAACCCAAAAUGUAUCAGGUGAUUCGUAAGCAUCCAUCAGCACUUGAGAUUUACCAAAAGAAACUUUUAGCAUCUGGUCAGGUUACAAAAGAAGACAUUGAUAGGAUACAAAACAUGGUGAGUACAAUUCUGAACAAGGAAUUCUUGGCUAGCAAAGAUUAUGUCCCAAAAGAAAGGGACUGGCUUUCAGCUUAUUGGUCUGGAUUUAAGUCACCUGAACAGCUUUCACGUAUCAGGAACACUGGGGUAAAACCUGAGAUAUUGAAGAAUGUUGGGAAAGCAAUUGCAAUGCUUCCAGAUAAUUUUAAGGCUCAUAGAGCAAUAAAGAAGAUAUUUGCAGAUCGUGCAAAGAUGAUUGAAACCGGGGAAGGCAUUGACUGGGCAGUAGCAGAAGCACUUGCUUUUGCUACAUUACUUGUAGAAGGAAAUCAUGUCAGAUUGAGCGGUCAGGAUGUUGAGAGAGGUACUUUUAGUCAUCGGCAUGCUGUAGUUCAUGAUCAGGAAACUGGGACGAAGUACUGUCCUUUGGACCAUGUAAUGAUGAACCAAAAUGAGGAGAUGUUUACGGUAAGCAACAGCUCUCUUUCAGAGUUUGGUGUUCUGGGGUUUGAACUGGGUUAUUCAAUGGAAAAUCCAAAUUCAUUGGUGCUGUGGGAAUCUCAAUUUGGUGAUUUUGCGAAUGAGGCUCAAGUGAUAUUUGAUCAGUUUCUGAGUAGUGGAGAGGCCAAGUGGUUGCGCCAAAUUGGGUUAGUGGUGUUGCUACCUCAUGGUUAUGAUGGCCAGGGCCCUGAACAUUCAAGUGCACGUUUGGAGCGCUUCCUUCAGAUGAGUGAUGAUAAUCCCUACGUUAUACCAGAGAUGGAUCCAACAUUUCGGACGCAGAUCCAGGAAUGUAAUUGGCAGGUUGUCAAUGUAACCACUCCAGCAAAUUAUUUUCACGUUCUGAGACGUCAGAUACACCGGGAAUUCCGUAAGCCUCUCAUUGUGAUGUCUCCAAAGAAUUUGCUUCGUCACAAGGAUUGCAAAUCAAAUUUGUCUGAGUUUGACGAUGUCGAGGGCCACCCAGGUUUUGACAAACAAGGUACCAGAUUUAAGCGCCUUAUAAAGGACCAGAAUUACCACUCAGAUCUCGAGGCAGGGAUCAGGCGCUUGGUUCUUUGCUCUGGAAAGGUUUAUUAUGAGCUUGAUGAAGAAAGGAAGAAAGUCAAUGGCAACGACAUUGCAAUAUGUCGAGUGGAACAGCUUUGCCCCUUCCCAUACAACCUCAUACAGCGUGAACUGAAGCGUUACCCAAAUGCAGAGAUUGUUUGGUGUCAGGAAGAGCCAAUGAACAUGGGUGCAUACAAUUACAUUGCACCCCGCCUUUCUACUGCCAUGAAAGCCCUGAGCAGAGGUAAUAUCGAUGACAUCAAGUAUGUUGGCCGGGCUCCAUCUGCUGCACCAGCCACUGGUUUCUAUCAGGUUCAUGUGAAAGAGCGGACUGAACUCGUUCAAACAGCGAUGCAGAGCGACCCAAUUAAGUAUCCUUAUUGAAGCCUGGUAAGCAGUCCUAAUAGUUUCUUUAACAGAGGCAAUCAUAUGGUAGAAAAUGCUGUUGCUUAUUGUUUGUUCUUGUCUGAACUGUGCUUCCAGAUUUGUAAAAUAGCUUAGAUGUGUGUAAAUAUAGUACAAUUUCAAGUGGGAUUCGUUAUUUUUCUGCCCCAUGUUAUAUCUGUAUAAAAUGUUUUUUAUUCCCAAGAAAUAAAAAAGAAACAUAAGAAGGUU